GCUUGCUCUUUUGAUCUAACUAUCAAGUUGACAGGAACGACAGGGUUUCAACUCUGCACUCUUCCGGCUGCUGGAUUCCCGACUGAUUCUUUUGAGAUUGUGCCGUAUAGCCAGUUGCAGAGCCGGUGUGGGAACCAUGCUAUCCUCACAGAUGUCAUUGGCCAUUUGCAUGCUAUCGGCGGCGUUGGGCAUCAGGUCACCGAGUUUGGACCUACUCCUAAGCAGAUCUUGGUGCUUGAGAAUCAUAUGGGUAAGACAGUUACCAUCACUCUUUGGAAUGAGCUUGCUACUGUUCUUGAUCGUGUUGCUUUAAUCCAAGCUGACUUGAUUGAGCCUGUUAUAAUUGCUGUCGGAAGUCUCAUGGUCUCUCUGGUUAAUGAAAAUUAUGUGUGCUCCAGUUCGUCGGCUACUAGGGUGGCUGUUAACCCACAUAUUCCAGAAGCAAUUCAUUUGGCCACCUACUUUGGGGGGGCGAGGGAUCCUGUGGCGGAGUUGCCAGUGGAGUUUGCCACGGCUGAGGCAGCUGUUGCUGAUGCUGAAAAUAGGGUCCGAACCAUAGAUGAC